AUUAAUAAAAAUUAACAUUUUAAUAAUAUUACUUGUAAAAAAAUGAUUAAACUUGUAAUUAUAUAUGUUAUCGCGUGUUAUCGAGGUGAAAAAGUGAAAUACAAAGUUGUAUUCUUAUUAGACCAAUUACUUAUACAUAAUGUAUAGUAAAUAUUAAAAUUAAAACAAUCGGUUAUAAUGAAAAGAUGAUACAUGAAAAUAUCAAGAAUAGAAAAAACAUUAAAGAAUUAAUUAGGAUAAUGUUUUUAAAUUGAUUUUUUAUUAAAAACUAACUUAAAAACUAACCGAAAUAUCUAUAUUUUACAAAUAUUGUCACGCGUUUUAUUUGUAUUAUAUUGUAUUAUAUUUAGUAGUAUAUAUUGAUCUUGUUGUUCUUCGAUGAACAUCAUGCGAAAAAAACUAUUUAUAAUACAGAUUAAAAUUUUCUUUGAAACAGAUGUUUUGGAAGAAAUAUCUUAUUUUAUAUUUAAUUUUGUUUUAAUUAAAAUUAAUAAAAACAUGUUAUAACAUUUCUAUAAUUUUUAUUUAGUGCAGAAAAGAAUUAAAAACAUAAAAACAAUUUUAAAUAUUUUCGUUAUAAUUAUGUUAAUUGUUAAGAUAGUUGUUUACGUGGGUGUGAUAUUUGCUUUAAUUAUUAUUUAUGUACAAAAACUAAUAUUGAUGAAGAAAAAAACCUCAAUUUGCACAUGAAAUCAAUUUUAUUUUGCCUUUGAUGCCUUUGAAAGAAAACUAAAUUAUAAAAAUUCGCGGAAAUACAUAUUGGAGUGAUGCAUUAUAAACAAAAAUUUUGCGAAUUUUUUUUUUUUUGUCGAAAUUACGUGCGUAUUGUUUUAUUUUCUAUACUUUAAUUGUGGAAAAGGAUUUUUUAUUUUGUAAAUGCAAUUAAAAGAUUUAUCACUCUGAAAAUUGCAUAUUCGAUAAAACAGGAUAAUUUUACCGUCCUCUUCCUUAAAACUUUCUAUAUUAUAGAAUAUUUCUUUUAUACUCCCAUUCAAACGCCAAAACUUAACAAAAAAAUUCAGUAAGUAAUCAAACAAUUGGAAAAUAUGUAUUAUGGCUUGUUUUGGCGUACUAUAGAUAAUGUAGCAUUCAUCUACUUUGUUAAUGCCCAGAGGCAUUGAAAAGUUAGGUGGAACAGCAAUGUCUAUUAUCUUUUUUUUUUACGACAAUAUUUCUGAGCUGUUGUAGCUGAUGUAUAGAAUCUCAUUAAAUAUGCAACCACGUUAUGUCCGUUUCAAAAGAAAAGCGUAAUAUUAUAUGACACAAUAUAAAAGCAUAGAGAAAAACUUUUCAAACGAAUAUUCGACAAACUUAUGAUGUAUUAUGAUACAGUAUUUUCCAUCUCUUGUUACAUUAAAUGUAAAUUGUUUUAUUACUCACUGUACGUUUGUAUUAUAAAAUUUUUUGUGCUGAUAACAGUUACAAUUACUUGAGGAUAGUAUUAUUAAUAUUUAAUUAAACAGUACUGGACGAAGUUAUUCGCAUAUAUGGAGAGCAUGCGCAAGGCUUUUGCUUUCUAUACCACAUGUUUAGAAGGAAAAAACGAUUCUCUUCAUGUGUUCUCCUCAUUAGUUCUCGAAAUGGAUAUUACAAAAUCUUCAGAUUAUAAGGGUAUAUUAAUUCUAUAUAUUAUUAAUGACGUAAAAUUUAAAUAUCUACUGAAUAGUUUAAUUUAACCUUCUAAAUUUUAUUUUAUAUAAAAAUAAUUGACUCUUAAAAUUUUGUUAGAUUUUAUGUGGGCAGUUAAACCUCAUCGCUUAGGUAUGGGAUUGGUCGGCUUGUGGCCUAAAACAGAAAAAUUUAUUAAGGAAAGUUUGUGGUCAGAGAUUCGAGUCGGCAUUAUUUUUAUUUUAUUAUUAUUUAUUUCUCUUCCAAUGAUAAGUGCGAUUAUACGUGUUUGGGGCAAUAUGAUCCUUUUGACAGACAAUUUACUAUUCGCAUUACCUACACUAACAGUAUUAUUAAAAUAUGUCAUCAUGCAAUGGAAAAGAGCAUGUAUGUUUAAAAUUAUUUAAAACCAAAUAUUUAGAAUUAUUCCAUUAUUUUAAUAAUAACAUCUUAGCAAUGUUUUUUUCUUUAGUUUAUUUAUAUUUUUAAGUAAUCUUUGUAACUAUAAAUAUGAUGGCGGAAGAUUGGAUGACAUCCAAAGACGAUGCAGAAAGAAAUGUAAUGAUAAGAAGAGCACGAACUGCUCGAUCAGUCAUGAUCAUUGAAUAUGUUCUUGCAUUAACAGGAGUUCUCACUGUUGUUGUUCCUCCUUAUUUUGGUAGUCAAAUGCAGUACACAACGAAUCUAACAGAUCGGAGCAAGUUAUUACCAUUAGAGACAUUUCAAUUCUACGAUGCAAAAAAAAGUCCCCAGUAUGAAUUGACAUAUUUCAUUCAUAGUAUAACAGCUUGGUUAGCAGCUAUCAUUUACAUGUCGGUAGAUAUUUUUUUGGUACUAAUAAUUCUUCAUAUUUGCGGUCAGUUAGAAAACUUCAGAUGCCAAUUAGUUAAUUUGGUUUCUUGCAAAUAUUACAACAAAGUUUUAAAUAAUAUCAUAGCAACUCAUCUGCGACUUAUCAGGAGACACAAAUCGUCAUAGGUUAUCAUACUCGAGCACAAUUUGGCACAGUUAAAUGGAGUACGAUAUACAAUGUGUUUAUUAUAGCAUUUGGGCCCACGGCUACUAUUUCAUUACCAGACUUAAUCCAGUAGCCGUAGGCCCGAAUGCUAUAUGUAUAGUAUCAAGUAAAAUGUUACGCUUUCCGCUCUACUCUAUGCACGCUCCGUUUAUCUCUCUCUCUCUCUCUCUCUCUCUCUCUCUCUC